UCAAUAAGGAAGUUCAACCAACACCGAGUUAAAAUCUGAACCCUGAGUUGAUUUACUCAGAGAAUCGUUACUCUGAGUUUUCAGUUUCAGAACAGCUGAUUUGAGUUAGUUUAAUCAACCCUGAGUAAGUUCACUCUGGGUUACGCCCGUGCACCAUGGCUAUAAAAAGCCAUCAUCAAUUGAGCGAAGAUAGCACGAUUCACCAUGGCAACGGCACGUGACAAACAGCGCUCUGUUUAUUUCUCGCCAAUGGAAUUGGAGGUACUAUUACAAGCUUACGGUGAAUAUGAGCCGAUAUUUAGAAAAAAGAGCAACACAGCCGCAGCAGCAAAAGAAAGAGCGUUGGCGUGGGAGAAAAUUGCUUCACGUGUUAAUGCGUGCAAUCCUUCUGCAAUUAAAAGAACUUGGCAGCAGCUGAAAAUGAAAUAUAAAAACAUCAUUCAGUCAGCCAAUAGAAAGAGGGCAGAGGCACGUAAAACAGGAGGAGGUCCUGCACCACCACCUCUGACGGAUGCAGAGGAGAUGGCCUUGAGCCUCAACACUGGACGACCAGUGGCUGAGGGAAUUCCAGGAGGGAGUUCAUCAGAACCUGUUUCUCCCCAGGAUACAAGUGCUUAUAUAAUAUCAGAUUCUGAUGGUAAGGUUAGCCUUGUGGAACCUCUUGUCACAACAGAACCCCAGGCAGUUGAUGAAGGGGAUGAAGAAACCUUAUCCGCUGACACAGAGAGGCCUACAGAGAGCAUGGCAGAACAGGAGGAGGGUCCAUCAAAUUCUGACACCCAAAUUAAUGCAUUGCCAGUUAAGGAGCUAUAUAAGCUCCAUCUAAUAAAAACAUUACAAAAGACGGAUAAAGAACUUGUGUACUUGGACCGUCAGAUUCUAAAAACAUAUUUGGAAAUUGAGCUCCUUAGGCACAAACUAGAGGACAUAAAGAAGACAAAAUGA